CUUUCAAGCUCCACUAUCUGCAGUCGUUUCGCGAAGCUCGUUACCAAGUGACGGUCCGAACCCCAGCAGGACUUUACGCGAGCUUUCCGAAAGCUCCCGGAUUCUUUUCAGUGACAGCACAAGUUCCAAGUGCCGGCGAGAAAAAUGUGACGUGAAACUUUGUGAAAAGCGUAAAAAAUCAGUUGGAGAAACUUUCCUAAUAAGUGUCUCGAGUGGUUAAUGUCAGGCUGGAACUAAUGACUAUGGCGAUGAUUCGAAUUGUGAUACUGUUCUGCGUUGGCGUUUUGCUUACUCUGGCUCACACCAAAAUAGAUGCGAAGGAAAAAGAAGAUUUACACAGCACUUCGUCAGCAGUGGUCGUGACUCAAGACAUUGAAGCUGUCGAAGGAAAAAGUGUUAGUUUACCGUGUGAUGUGACGCCGCCGAAUAACCAUGAUAAAGUAUACAUGGUCUUCUGGUUCCAGCAGGGGUCGGGGUACCCCAUAUACAGCUUCGACGUUCGUGGCAAGCCUCUGUCCAGAGCGAGUCAUUGGUCCGCACCGGAUCUGUUCGGCUCUAGAGCCUACUUCCGGACGGUGUCUGAGCCAGCACAGCUCGUCAUUGACGACAUCCGGCGUCACGACGAAGGCGUCUACCGGUGCAGAGUGGACUUCCGCAAUGCUCAGACCCGCAGCUUCCGAUAUAAUCUCACCGUUAUUGUUCCGCCGGAGCAGCCCACAAUCCUGGACAAGUGGGGCCGUCAGCUGAACGGCACUGUGGGACCACACGAAGAGGGCGAUGACAUAACUCUGACUUGUAGGACAGUCGGGGGGCACCCCCAGCCCACGGUUCGUUGGUUGAUAAACGCGGAAAUGGUCGACGAGCAGUCGGAGCACAACGCAGGGGAUGUCAUUGAGAACCGGCUGGUGAAGACUUCAAUUUCGAGGAAGGAUUUGGACGCUAUCUUCACGUGUCAGGCUGUCAACACGGUUCUCACCGAGCCCAAAGUGGCCUCAGUCGUGCUGGAUUUGCUACUCAAGCCUCUGACGGUCCGUAUCUUGAAAACGGUUAGCCCUCUUGUGGCCGACAAGCGCUAUGAAGUCACCUGCGAGUCUGCAGGGUCUCGGCCGCCGGCGAUCAUCACCUGGUAUAAAGGCAAACGCCCCUUGCGCAAGACAAAGCAAGAAACGCGAGAGAAUGUAACAAUAAGUGAGUUAACUUUCAUUCCGACGACCGAGGACGAUGGAAAAUCCAUAACAUGCAGAGCUGAAAAUCCCAACGUCACAGGCCUCUUUCUCGAAACAUCGUGGAAAAUUGACGUCGUUUACCCCCCGCAAGUGUCGCUCCAUUUGGGGAGCACGCUUAAUGCUGAUGACAUCAAGGAAGGCGACGACGUCUACUUCGAGUGUCGAGUUACCGCCAACCCCCAGUGGAGGAAACUCACUUGGCUGCACAACGGCUUCGUACUUAACCACAACAUGUCUGGUCGCAUCAUCCACAGCAACCAAAGUUUAGUUCUCCAAAAGGUAACCAGACAAAGUGCCGGCCGAUAUGUCUGCUCGGUGGUGAACAGCGAAGGAGAGACGCUCAGCAACGAGCUCAACUUUCGCGUACAAUACGCUCCAACUUGCAAAUUCGAUAAAUUUCUGGUGGUGGGGGCUUCCAGAGGCGAAAGCGUGGACAUCGUCUGCGAAAUCGAGUCGGACCCUCCCGCUAAGAGCUACCGGUGGAAGUUUAACAACUCGGGAGAGACGCUCGACGUCGCUGCAGAACGCUUUGCAAAGACCAGUAAUGGAACAGUGAGCGUUCUAAGGUACACACCAGUGUCUGAACUGGAUUACGGGUCAUUAUCGUGCUGGGCCAUCAACACGGUGGGCCAUCAAGUUAAUCCCUGCGUUUUCCAAGUUGUUGCAGCAGGCAAGCCGUUCCCCGUACGAAACUGCUCUUUGUCUAACCAAACGAGCAGUUCGGUGGAGGUGACAUGUCUCGCUGGCUUUGACGGCGGUCUUCCGCAACACUUUCUUCUGGAGUUGUACACGGCAAACUCGCUCGUUCCGCGCUACAACAUGACGUCGUUCCGAGACCCGGAGUUCUUCCUCGACAAUUUAGAGCCAGAUGUUACCUUCCGAAUUGUUGUUUUCGCCGUCAACGCGAAGGGACGCAGCCAGGGAGUGGUGCUGGAGGAAGUCACCUUCACUGACGCCGAAAAGCGGACAGCUUCGGACGGCGACUUGCCCUUCUCCCCCAUCCUGGGGAUCCUAAUCGGGGCCACCCUCACCAUAAUCAUUGUGAUCCUCGUGGUGAUAAUUAGAGUCCGGAGGUCUCAAAGCCAGCCCGAGGUCACAAUAGAGCAAAAAGUAUUAGGUGCUCCUCACCACAACACAAUGUCUUCUGCAAAGCCACUCUUGAGGAGCUCCUCUCCACGUGACACCGACGAGAAGGAUCCCGAUGUAAUUCCCGCUAAAUACGGCUCUCCCGACGGAGAGUGUGCCAGGAACCUAGGGUCGCUGAACGGUCCCCAAAGUCUUCCUCUGGGCUCCCUUGCGACGUCUCCGAAUUACGCUCAGACAGCUGUUCCGGGCCCCCAAUGGGUCAGUCCCGUCGCUCCCACCACCGAGCCGAUGUAUCAUCUGUAUAAUAAUCCUGUGGCGAUGGUGGGCACGUUUUCUAGGGAUUCCAGGCCAAAGGAACUUCGUUUAGGAAACGGAAGCUCGGCCACGCUUCAAAGGGCCACAGAUUUGGAGUUAAACGGAUUAGCCAUUAAAGAGAGACUGAUGGCGAACCGGCUACCGGAGAGUUGUGUUUAAAACAAGUGUCUUUUGUAUCGUUUGGUCGUACGCAAAAUUACUUUAAGGACCGUCCAAAGCGUUACGGCAAUGGCGAGGGGACUGCAUUUAACAAAAAACACUACCAUAUCACUUUGCCAAAUUGUUGCCACCAGUCAACUUUGGACACUGGAUAAGUACUGGUGGCAAUUUUUUCCGAUUUUUUAAACCAUGUUCCUCGCUGCAUCCGACUUUCCGCCAAACUCGCCAACUGCCGUUGCACAAAGAGUUAUCGUUUUCUAAAUGUAAAUUGUGUCUAAAGAUAGACUGAGUUAGCUAAGCGAUGUAAAUAUGUUUAAAUCUGAGUGUUCGUGUUAUCGGUGGAAGAGUGGACACCUCAUACAGACAAUCCGUAGCUGAACCUAACUAAAUUUCUAUGAAGACUUGUAAAUAUCAUUGUUGCAUAUCGUGCAGAUGGUUGGUUGUUUUGUAACCAGUAACUGAAUGCUUUUUGAUAAAAAAUUAACAUACGAAAUAAGUGAAACGAAUUUGAUUAUCUAGAGUGUUCUAUUGCUCACAUUUUGCUAGAAAGUUUAUCUCGUUUAUCACCAAAUUGUUUGAGUAAUUUUGUUUGCCAAAAUUGGCGUGUCUUCCAUGUCCCUACGGUUUGAUUUGAGUAGAGUCGGACAAUGUGAACAAUAAAACCGCAAUGAGGAUGAACAAGGAAUAAGUGUUUUGUUAAAUUUUUGAGAAACUCGAUUCGUUUCUGUGUACAUGUAGAUAUCAAAAAAUUUCAGUGCAUAUCGUUACUUCAUAUCUUUUAAUGAAAUUUCGAGUCGGUUAUUUUCUGGAUGCACUUGUUGCUAUUGUACUACUUAAGAUAGUCAUAAGUAAAUAUUGUGAUAUUUUAUGUAGGCUAAACCCAUGUAUUUAGGAAACAUAUUGUAGAAAAAACGAUAAUAAAUGUAUAAAAA